AUGGCGACCAAUCUCAGCGCCUACCGCUUCGAAGAUCGCACAUGCCACCACUUCGUCAACGCUUUCCUGAGCGAGGACGUCGCUGGUUACGGGAACUACUUCGAUCACGUGGUUUCCGGAUAUGAGCUCAAGGACAUACCCAACGUGUUUCUCGUGACAUAUGAGAACUUGUCGAAAGACACCCGAGACACUGUGCUGAAGCUUGCGCGCUUCUUGGGAGACAGCUACGCAGUAGAUUUGGAAAAAGAUAAUCGGCUGCUUAGUGAGUUGCUUGAACAUUGCUCAGCGGAUCACACGAAAGAGACGAUGGUCGGGGACCUCAGUACGAAAUCAAAUCCUGGUAUCGACAAGGUGCUGCGGCGCCUUGACGAGAAUUGCAAAGAUGGACACAACGCAGACAGCAAGAAGUACUUCCUCGUAAGAUAA